AUGGUGACCUUUAGGCAGCUUGAGAUACUGUUUGGGUUCACCUAUGGAUCAGGAAGUCCUGUGCUUAGAUAUGUCCACAAGGCUCUUGCAAACACCUUCUUUGCAAGGAAAGCCACUGGAACAAUCAAUGAGGGAGAAGUGAAGCUCCUUGACAUGGGAAUCAAGCCUAUCAUCUCACGAACUAGGGAUGGGAAGAAGAUCAGAGGAGAUAGGGCACAUGCAGGAAACCUCAUGCCUCUCCUUGAGCAGCUCCAAGCCUACAAGCAGGAGUUCAAGUGGACAAGAGAAGGUCUACUCCACCAGGUUGGAUGGACAUCAAGUUUUGCAAGACCAACCUUCUCAUUGAGCACAAGGAGUUGGAUGGGAGGUUCCAAUUCAAGUUCACCAUCCCUUGGCUGGCCCUCCAAGCUUCUUCUGCCCAACCCUGAGCUCACCACGGUUCUAGGAGGUACAAACAUUGACUUCAGACCCCUGUGUACACAUUAG